AUGGAUCCCUGCGGCCUAGAAUCCCAACCCACUGGCCAAGAGUCUGACCCCGCAGGCCUAGAUUUCGACUCUCCUGGUCAAGGUUAUUUCUCCACUGGCCUCGAGUUCAACUCUCUCUACCAAAAAUUGGCUGACUCUCUUAACGAAGAUUUUCUUUCUCAGUCCAAGCCAGGUGCCAUGACAGAAUUCAUAUAUGCAGGCACAUAUGAACCCCACCAGACUGCAGAACCACAGGCUCUCACAGAGGCAGAUCAAAAGGAGAUAGAAUCUGAGCUCACUAAAUUGGAGGCGGAAAUUGUAAGCUUACGCCACGUGCUACCAGUCAAAGAAAGACGCUGCGUGGAGCUCAAGAGGAAGCUAGGCCUCACAGCCUUGGUGGGGCUGAGGCAUCUAUCCAAGAGCUGGCAUGAUGUUCAGGUCUCCAAUGUCUCCAUGAAACAAAAGACAUCAACUGCCCUGUCCACCAUGGGCUCUGCCAUCUGCAGGAAGCUUGGAGACAUGAAGAAGUCGGCCAUAUUUAGAUCCUUGGAAGGUCUGGUAGGGACAAUCAAGUCCACAGUCGGAGGUGGCAGAGAGCUUGGCAAUGACUACCUUCCUGCUUCAGUGAUGUAUGUGGAUGAUCCGCUCCCGGUUUCAGGGAGUAGGUAUGCUCCGCUCCUAAUUUCAGGGAGUGGAAAUGAUCCGGUUACAGGAAGUGAGGAUGACCCGCUUCCCUUUAUGGAGCUGGAAUAA